AUGGCCUUAUUAUUGCGUUACCCUGCUGAUGAUCUCAAGACUCAAUGUCGUAUAUUCUCACUCAAUUUUAAUCCCCAGAGGUUGCGACUGGGCAAUAAAGUUCUACGACAGCGACUGCGAGGACCUGCACUUGCAGCGUGGUAUCCCAGAAAGACUGUUUCAUUCCGUGACUUGCAAGAUGCCUACCGUCCACUCGGCUUGACCGUCUUCGACGAGUAUGAGGACGAUCGGGAAGAGCGAACUGCAGCUGGUAUGACACUUAUACUUGUUCAAAGACUCCUGCUGACCAGUAUACAGAAUCACGAUCGGCGAAGAAGAAGAAAUAGGCAGGACCAUACUGGAGUCACCAUGUCCUAUGUGGUCGGCAUACAGCAGACACAGCUCAGUUUGCGAUCCGUUGACACACCUUAA